UUGGCCGCGCUCAGCCCAAUCUGGUGCAGGUCCAACACACGUAACGACCACUUGUCCGGCGCCCCGGCCAGUGAAAACGUCACGAACCGAUCGAGCUAGUCUGCCUGUUCCUGCCACCACCAUGCCUCGUCCGUCGUCCGAUUCGCGUCGCCCAACUCCUAGCUCAGCUGGGCAGUCGUCACACACAAUCCCACCGACCGACUCUCGUCCGAGCCCUGGUCGCCGAUCCACGACGCUGGACUUUGCCGCGACCGCGGGGGCCAGACCGGAGGACCCGCAGACCCCAAGCAAGACGUCCAAACGCAAGAAGAACCGCAAUCGAAAGCGCCGCAAUCGCCGACAGUCAUUCUUGGCCGCCGAGGGUUCUCAUACUGGUGCUGCAGCUGGGUCGGUUCCUGAACCAGAGCCUCUGGACAUCAUGGCUGCCGAUCAGCCCAAGCCACAGGCGGCGCGCCCGUUCUACAAGCUCAGCGCGGAUUUAAGCAGUACCAGUUUGGAAAGCGAGGCAUUGUUAGAUCAUCGAGACCAGCUGCCCCUGCGUCCGCGUCGAGAAAGUCGGCUGGCUCAGUCGUUCCGCCCGGGCUCCUCGUCGACAGUCAUGCGUCCCGAGACGAUGUCUCGCAAUAUACCCUCGGGAAGCAGGACCGUCAUUCACGCGGGCGACGAGAGCGAUGACGCCGGGACGGUCAACGAUCGCACCCCAUUGAUACGCCCCACUUCCAGCAGCAAGUCCAAUCGCCCCCGAUACGGGACGGAGCAGAAACCGAGCCAGCUCUCGGUCCCCCGCCGACCCUCGUCGACCCGCACAACCUCCUCCCGCCGCUCGCCGCGGAACAUCUCGAGUCCGACGUUCCCAGAGCCUGAGCGGGACUACGAUGUGAAUAACCCGCCGUCGAUGCCCACGUCGCCUAAGCUGGGGCCCGAGAUGGGCUACGAUGAUGCCGUCGUGACGGGCGCCGAGUAUGACUUUGCCAUGGCCAAGUCCAUCGAGAACCGCAUGGACUCCCUAGGUCUCACCCGGCCCCAGGACAUGGUGAUUGACGUGGAUGACGAGGGUCGGCGACCCAGACGGAAGUCGGCCCCGUCCCCACCUGUCUCCCCGCAUCGCCACAGCUCCGACGGCCUGCAUCGUCGCCGCACCUUUCCGGCCGAGGAGGACGUCUGCUUCCCCGCAGAGGCCGCGUCCGAGCUGGCGGAGGAGGAAGGGAUGCGGCCCGCCCGCGAGGGGCCGCGUCGGCACCGCCGCCGUCGCCGGGAGUGGCCGGACCUGUCCGUCCUGGAGGAGUGGAGUCGCGAGGAGAAGGAGGAGCGCAUCGGCGAUUUUCGGACCAAGAAGAUCAGCGAGCCGAUGCUGGUCGAAGGCCGUCUGCGGCCGCAGUACCGUCUAUGGCGGAUGGAGGAGGAGGACGCGCCUUACCGGUUCACCUACUUCAACGAAGAGUUGCAGAGCACCAUCCACGCGCAGACCAUCUCCGAGCUCGUGCAGCCGGGCGGGAGCUUCCAGGAGCUGUUCAUCCCCGAGCCGCCCGAACUGGAUGUGUCGUCCGACGACGACGACGACCUGGAAUCGGGGCCGGACGAGCCGGCGCCGGUCCCCGAGCACCCGCGGGCCAGCAUGUCGGGCCUGGGCGAUGCCCCGAACAACCACCAUCACCACUACCACCACCAUCACUUCCAUCACCCCGCCGAACCUCUCGGCCCCGACGGCAAACUGAAUGGGCGACCGUCGGUUAUCAGCGAAGCGUUCUCGGACGCGCGCACAUCGGCAAACGCGUCGCCGUCGCGGCGGCCGGGGACGGCCAAGCCGAAGCGGUACGGGCCGCGGCCAACGUUCUGGCUGGACGUGCUGUCGCCGACGGACGCGGAGAUGCGGGUGAUCGCCAAGGCGUUUGGGAUCCACGCGCUGACGGCGGAGGACAUCAUGAUGCAGGAGGCACGGGAGAAGGUGGAGCUGUUCCGGCACUACUACUUCGUCAACUACCGGACGUUCGAGCAGAACCCGAACAGCGAGCAGUACCUGCAGCCGGUGAACAUGUACGUGGUGGUUUUCCGGGAGGGGGUGCUGUCCUUCCACUUCUCGCAGACGCCACACCCGGCGAACGUGCGGCGGCGGAUCCGGCAGCUGAUGGACUACCUGAUCCUCAGCUCGGACUGGAUCUCGUACGCGCUGAUCGACGACAUCACGGACGUGUUCGGGCCGCUGAUCCAGGCGAUUGAGGACGAGGUGGAUGAGAUUGAUGGGAAGAUCAUGCAGAUGCACCCGUCGGACCUGAGCAGCAACCGGGAGCAGGAGAAGGCGACGCAGGCGGACCGGGUUCCGCCAUCGCUGACGCCGGGUGAGAUGCUGCGACGGGUGGGGAUCUGCCGGAAGAAGGUGAUGGGGAUGUACCGGCUGCUCAGCAACAAGGCCGACGUGGUGAAGGGGUUCGCCAAGCGGUGCAACGAGCAGUGGGAGGUGGCGCCCAAGUCGGAGAUUGGCUUGUACUUGGGUGAUAUUCAGGAUCACCUCAUGACGAUGACCAGCAGUCUGACCUAUUACGAGACACUACUGUCGCGUGCGCAUUCCAACUACCUGGCGCAGAUCAACAUCCUGAUGAACGAGCGUCAGGAGCAGACAGCGGACGUGCUGGGCAAGUUGACGGUGCUGGGUACAAUCGUGCUGCCGCUGAACAUCAUCUGCGGCAUGUGGGGGAUGAACGUCAAGGUGCCAGGUCAAGACGUGGAUAGUCUGUCAUGGUUCUACUCGAUCACCGGUGGGUUGAUCCUGUUUGCCCUCGCCUCCUUCUCCAUUGCCAAACGCGUCUAUAAGAUUGUGUGAGGAAUUACGAUGACGAUGAUCGACGAUGAUGGUCGAUUCCGAUGACCGAUGACCAUGAACGAAUUUAUCUUAUCUUAUUUUAUCUUGAUUUUAUUUUCAUUCUAUCUUUAUUUCCUAUUUCUUUCUAUUGUUAUUUUCAUGGAU